ACGCACCAUGGCAACCAGCACUCUGCGUCUGGGAAGUAAACUCCACGGGGCUUUCUAGUUUCCUGUCGCCACCAUCCCAAAGAGACUUGAAGAUGUACAGCCAGCAGUUUGGCACUGUUCCAAGGGAAUUUAAGGGCCCCACUCCCAAAGCGGUGAUCAUAAGAGCCAAGCCUCCCAAAGCUCAGAGAGCUGAGCAACAUCUAAAAAGAAUCCAGCGCAGCUACCACAAGUACCACACUACUUUGACUUCCAUCAAGUCAAAUGAGGAGAACCGCCUGAAAUGUGACUGGAUCCAGCGCAAUAACCGCAAGACCUUUGACAGUCUUGUGCAAACGAGAGUCCAGGAUGCCAUGCAAGGCUUUAUCAUCAAUACUGAAGAGAGACGCAAUAAGCUACGUGAACUUUUGGCAUCAGAAGAAAACGAGUAUUUUUCUGAAAUGCAAUUGAAAGGAGAAACCAUUGAAGAGAAAAAAGACAAAAUGAGAGAGAGAACCAAGUUAUUAAGAGAGAAGAAGGAAAAGGAGAGGCAGGAGUUUGUAGCUGAAAAGUUAGACCAGCAGUUCAGGGAACGCUGUGAGGAGCUCCGCACUAAAUUGGCUAGCAUCCAUGAGAAAAAGGUGAUCGAGGAACGGAAUGCGCAGAUAGAAUUCAACAAGGAGCUGAAGAGGCAAAAGCUGGUGGAAGAGCAGCUGUUUGCCAGGCUUUGGGAGGAAGAUAGAUUAGCGAAGGAAAGGCGAGAAGCCCAAGAGGAGAAGAGACAGAGAGAGCUGGUACAAAAUACACGCCUGGGUCUGGAUGCUCAGGUGACCAGCAUCCAGGCACAAAGGCAGGGGGCACGAAGGAUGAAGGAAGAGGAGGCCCGCAUCCUGGAGCAGAACAAAGCACAGAUCAAACGAGAGGAUGAACAAGAAAAACUCCAGAAGCAGAAGAGAAGACAGGAAACUAGGAGCAGUUUGAAAAAAGCUGUGCAGGAUAAGAUAGAGUCUAUGCAGCAGGAGUACAGAGAGGACCUGGACUUGAACAUGAAACUUGUGGGAAGGGCCCUUCAAGACUUACAAGAUGAGGCAGAUAAGAAGAAGCAGAAGAGAGAAGAAAUGGGAAGAGAGCAGAAGAUAUACAAUGACUAUCUAAUGCAGCGACGAAAGGAAGAAAAAGCCCAGGAGAAAGAACUCAACAGACUACUAGAGGACAUAAAGGCAAAGAAGUUGGCUGAGAAGGAUCAGGAGCUGGCACUCCAAAGGGAGGCAAGGAAGCAACUCAUGAAUGAAGUCAUGAGUACAAGAAAACUCCAAGUUCAAGAAAGACUGCAGCGAAAACUCAGAGAACAAGAAGAACUUGCUCUGCAUGAACAGCGCAUAAGCGAAAGCCUGAAGGUGCUUCACCAGGAAGACAUGAAGGACUUUGCCAGGCGCAGUGCUUUGGCAGAGGAGUAUAGGAAUCAACUUCAGAUGCAGAUUGCCCACCAGCAGCAGACUCGAGAAGCAGAAAAGGAAGAGGAACGCCAGGAGUUUGAAGCAGGGUUGGCAGCAAACAAAGCCUGCCUGGACAAAAUACAGAGGAUCCUCUCUGAGAAUCAAGCUCUGUCCCAGAAUGUCCACCCCAUGCGGAGGGGUUACCCUGACAAGCCUCCUCUAUAGUUUUAUACAAAUCAAUGCAUGUUUUCUGGGUCUUUCAAUAUUUUUUUAACUACACCUUUUGACUAAUGGAUUAAACACUUAUUCUCUGAGUUUGUAUACUUUAUUAGACAUAAUUUUCUUCCUUCAAAGGAAUUUGUUCUUUGGAUAGUAGUUAAUUCUAUAUUGCUAUAGCAAAAAAAAAAAAAUCUGACAUUGUCAACUUAAAAAGAAUAAAGAUUUAUUUUAGCUUCUGGUAA